UUGUUUUUGUAUUUAUUUGUUAAGCCCUUUAAAAGGGGGUUCUUUUGCGAUGACACCUCCAUUAGGUAUCCAUAUAAAGACAAUACGAUAACUGAUUAUUCAUUGGCUUUACUCGUAUUGGUUCCCAUCAUUGCAACCAUCGGUGGUGUUGAGACUUAUAGAUAUAAAAAAAGUAGGUACACAACGAGACUAUAUAAAUCAAUAUCACAGGAGCUGUACGACAAGUUUGUGCCCUUUCUGUUCGGUAUAUUGGCCUCACUUUUGUGCACAUUUGUGGCUAAAGUAUCUGUCGGUCGGUUAAGACCCUAUUUCCACAGUAUAUGCAAACCAAACAUAGUUUGCGACGCGACUAAUGCCUACAAAUAUAUCGAGGACUUCGAGUGCACCGGAUUUAAGGACUCGCCGUCCGGUGCUGUCGAUGAGAUUAACAUGAGUUUUAUGUCCGGUCAUUCCUCAUUGAUGGCAUUUUCGAUGGUAUACCUGACGAUAUACCUGCAAAAACGUAUGCCUAUAACCCAGACAAGCGACUCAUUAAUUCGGGCAAUGAUUCAGGGAUUGGCAGUGAAUUUGGCGUUUUUCGUGGGCUAUACCCGUAUAUCGGACUAUUGGCACCACUGGAGUGAUGUCAUGAUUGGCUUAAUUCAGGGCACAGUCGCCGCAAUACUCACUGUUUUAUAUUUAAGCGAUUUAUGUGUUGGAAAUCCUUUCAAUGAAUUAUACGCUAAAAAGGAUAGUAAUGUCGCGAGUAUUGAAAGCAAUGAUAAUACCAGAGGAAAUGGCAAUGACUUUCAAAUUAGACUAGUACAGUCUAUUAAAAUA